AUGGGUAUCUCUGCUCUCGUCAGACGGGCGCAACUCGAUCACGGAUCAGUCCUGAUUAACGAAGAUGUCCGACCGGUCGAAUCCGCCCGUCGCACCUGGACAGUCUGGACGUUUCACAACUUUUGGUUGCUCAUCAACUGCAAUAUCGCUACUUUUCUCACCGGUAGCGCACUCAUCCCUCUGGGUCUAACGUGGUGGCAAGCCAUUAUUUGCAUCGUCAUUGGGAACAUCUUGGCAACAGCAGCGCUCUUGCUAAGCUCUCUUGCUGGCUCCUACUAUCACAUUGGUUUCCCCGUCGUCAGUCGAGCAGUCUGGGGAAUUUGGGGCUCCCAGUUCACAAUUUGGAAUCGCAUAUUCCUCUCCCUCGUGUGGUACGGCUUCCAAUCAUGGGUCGGCGGAGAAUGCAUCUACAUGAUCCUCCUCUCAUGGGAUCCAAAAUUCGAAGACCACGUCCCCAACACCAUCCCAGCAGACACGGGCAUGACAACUGCCCAAUUCGUCUCCUACGUUAUUUUCUGCAUCAUCAGCUUACCCUUUCUCUGGAUCCGCCCACACAAGCUCCAGCCCUUCUUCUACUUCGCCAGCGCCGUCACCUUGGUCUUCUUCCUUGUUCUCCUAAUCUGGGCACUCGCAACCAUGGGCUCAUCCGGGUUCGGUAGCACCCUCAGCAACAGCCAGAUACUUCCUGCAACGGGUGGCCCCCAAAGUACCGCUUGGCUCAUGCUCUCUGGCAUCAUGUCCACCAUUGGCUCCAUCGCCGCCGGAAUCCUCAACCAGAAUGACUUUGCUCGUCUCGCCAGACGGCCCUCCGACGCCAUGAUCGGCCAGGCAGUCGCGUACCCUCUAUACGGCACCUUCGCAUCCGUAGUUGGCAUUCUUGUGGUGGCCGCUACACAGCAUAGGUUCGAUGGCGAGGCCAUUUGGAAUCCGCCCACGCUGUUUGUGCGCCUGUUGCAAAACGACGACGGCGCAGGCACAAGAGCGGCGCUGUUCUUUGCCGGACUGGCGUUGGUGAUAUCGCAACUCGGUAGCAGUAUUCCGGGCAAUGCGAUUGCCGGCGGUAUCGACUUGGCGUCGACGUUUCCCCGGUACAUCAACAUUCGGCGAGGCGCAUACGUCACGGCGAUAUUGAGUCCAAUCGUCAACCCAUGGCGACUGGUUAACACGGCUACCAUCUUCUUAACUGUCCUGUCUAGCUAUGGGGUGUUUUUAGCUCCCAUGACGGGAAUGAUGACGGCUCAUUAUCUGAUUGUCUCAAAGAGCAAGAUGAAGGUGGAGGACUUGUAUCACGCGAGCAAAGCAAGUGUGUACUGGUAUACAUCCGGAGUCAAUUGGCGGGCACCCUUGGUGUGGGUUGUCGGCUGCGCACCUUGUCUGCCCGGAUUCAUAGCCGCAGUCAACACUUCUGUCAAGGUGACAGACGGAGCGACCGAGCUCUACUACCUCAAUUAUCUGUACGGAUAUCUCUCGAGUGUGGUUUUGUACACUGCUCUUCAUUGGAUCUUUCCGUCUCGCAGUCUUGACAGUUUUGUUGCCGAGCCUACGAGCGCGAGGGAACUGCAGAAGUAUUACACGGAGAGAUGGGACACGGAGUCUUUGCCAGCGUCUCUUUUGGGUAGUGUUACUCAUUUGCCUGAGAAGACUGAGCCUGCAGUUCAGAAGACGGAAUAUGUACUUCAUAAUUAG